AUGGCUUUGGACAACAGCAUCGUUAGCGAAUCUCGCCGGAGUGAGAACCGGCGCGUGUGGUCGAGGGAGGAGGACGACGCCAUCCGGGUGCUCGUCAAGAGGCACGGGACGCGCAGCUGGGCCACCAUCGAGGAGCACCUCGCCGCUGACUAUUCCAUCGUCGGACGCUCGGGAAAGCAGUGCAGAGAGCGGUGGCACAACCACCUAGACCCCAGCAUCAAGAAGGGAACGUGGACCCCCGAAGAGGAAGCCUUGAUCACCAAGACCAGGGCCGAGAUCGGUAACCGCUGGUCCGAGAUAGCCAAGCGCCUCCCGGGAAGGACGGACAACCAGGUCAAGAACUUCUGGUACUCCUCGAUGCGGAGGAAUGUUCGCACGUUGAGCCGCGAAGUGUCCGGUCCUCCCCAGCGCAGCAGCCUCCCGGCCAUCGAGAUCGACCAACUGGACCACCGGUUCCUCGAGGGCCUCCUGCAACCCACCGCUCUUAACAUGUCUCCCGAGCGGGAAACCGACAAGACCAACCGCAGCAGCAACAACAGCAACAGCAGCAAACUGGAGCGCUACAUGAAAGCGGCGAAAUUGGCGGCCCUGGAGGUGCUAUCGUCCUCGUCGACCAAGGAAACCAAGCGUAACGUAUCCCACGCCGAGCAACGGAGGCUGAUCGAGGUCGCACACUCGGUAGACCGAGCCUGCGACAAAGACGGCACGGUGGACGAGAACCUCAUCUCCGCCGCCAUCACCAUCGUGUCCACCAACGCGGCCGAGACGCCCAACGACGUCAUCAUGGCCGCGAUCAAGCUGGCCAGUGUCGCAAGAGACGGUUUCGUCGAAAAGUUUAAGCAGCGGCUCAUGGAAACGGGCGGGGUGCACUGCACGACCACCAAGCACAAGCCCGCACCGGCACCUCCUGCCAAGAGAAAUGCAUCCACCAUCUCCCAGAAAUCAUCUGCGGCAGCCGAUGGAAGCGGCGGCAGUGGGAAAAAACGCCCCCUGAGCAUUGAUGCCGCCAACGGCAGCGCUCAAGACGCCGUUGCCCCUUCCCACUCCCCGCCACCGCUUCUCCCACCGUUCUACAAGCAGCGCCGCCGCUUCCCGAUGGUACCAACCGCGUCCACGCCUAGGGCCGCCGCCGCUGCGGCCGCCGCCGCCGCUGCCGCCGCUGCUGCCGAGGCUGCCGCCGCCGCUCCGUCCGCGAUAGGCCUCGAGCCGGGAGAGGGUGACCAGAACGGGUAUGAUAAGUGGGCGAUGCCUCCUGUGCCGGACUCCAUGCGCGGAUCAUUCUGUCUGCCGAGGGGCGGAGGCGGUCCCCGAGGCAGCGGCAGCGGGGUAAGCUAA